AUGGAUAAGUGUAAAGCAAAGGACAAUGGCGUCCCUACCACAAAUGUCGGGUCAGAAUGUUCAAAUUAAGGCCGAAGGAAUGACAGGCGUCUCUGACAAGCAGACCUUGGCUGCAGUCCUUCAAUUCCUAAAGAAGCAUAAUCUCAAGGGAACAGAAGAGCUGCUGAAGAAAGAGACGGGUAUAAAAGACACAGAUGUUGCUCCUGAAUCAUCGGCACAGACUGCUUCAGAAGUUUCACAUGCGCUCGCUGCCUACAAAAGUGAUGAUGAUCCAUCUCUUUAUGAUGAAGACUACAUUAACUUCAAAUCAUUCAUUGAGUCUUGUUUGGAUGUGCAUAAGGUGGAGCUGAUGACAAUCCUAUAUCCAGUGUUCGUGCACAUGUAUCUGGAGUUGGUCUACAAUGGACAUGAGCACCAUGCAAAGAAGUUUUUCCUGAAGUACUCCUUGGACCAGGAGCCCUACUACGCUGAAGAUCUGAACAAGCUCUCCACUGUUACCAAGCCUGAACAUAUGAAGGGCAGUCAGAUUAUGGAAAACUUUAAAUCGAGCAAGUUUGUGUUAAAGAUGUCUAGAGACUCUUACACCCAUCUGAAACGUUUCCUUCAAGAAAAACACAUGAAUGUUCUCCUCAACAUCAUACAAGAACACCUGUUUAUUGAUGUAUUUGAUGGCGUACCCCGAACCAAACAUCAGAUUGAUAUGACUAGUGGUGGUCUACUUGGGGAGGCUGCGAGAGAUGCCAACAAGACUAAGAUUCUACACGGUCUAUUGAAGGAGCCCGACAUUAACAUCCCCGUGGAUGAUGAUGAUGAUGGGGGUGGGGACGGUGAAGAUAAACCUAAGAAAAAGAAGCAGAAAAAAGAUCCAUUGCUUACAAAGAAAUCAAAGAAUGACCCAAACGCACCAGCUACAAACCGGAUACCCAUGCCAGAACUGAAGGACCAAGACAAGCUAGAGCGAGUGAAUGCCUACAGAGAGGCCCUUAAGAGGGUCAAGAUGGGGCCCACCUCCCUGCCAUCCAUCUGCUUCUAUACCUUCCAUAAUGCCAUUCAGGGAAUCACGGGUAUAGACAUAUCAGAAGACUCCAGCCUGAUGUGUACAUGUUUUGGUGACUCAAACAUCAAAAUCUGGUCCCUCACUCCGAACAAACUGCGCGUCAUGAAACAAAUGGACGAGCUGGAACUCAUUGACAAAGAUGCUGAUGAUGUCUUAGAACGCAUGAUGGAUGAACGGACAGCUGAAGACUGUAAAAUGCUGACAGGUCACAGUGGCCCAGUGUUUAACACCAGCUUCUCUCCUGAUAAAAGCAGCCUCACAUCAUGUUCCGAGGAUGGCACCGUUCGACUCUGGAGUCUCCAUACAUGGACCAAUCUUGUAUCCUAUAAAGGCCAUAAUACCCCUGUGUGGGAUGUGAAAUUCAGCCCCCAUGGUCACUAUUUUGUGUCUGGUGGUCAUGACAGGGUGGCCAGACUGUGGACAACAGACCACUACCAGCCUGUCAGGAUAUUUGCUGGACAUUACGCUGAUGUUGAUUGCGUACAGUUUCAUCCGAAUGGAAACUACGUUGCCACAGGUUCCAGUGAUCGUGCUGUCAGGAUAUUUGAUGUGCUGAACGGGUCCUGUGUUAGGACACUUACCGGUCAUAAGGGUGCAAUACACAGCCUAUGUUUCUCCCCAGAUGGAAAAUAUCUAGCUUCAACAGGUCUGGAUGCUACCAUAUGCCUUUGGGACAUUUCUAAUGGGAAUAUGUUGGCACAAAUGAGAGACCAUACAAACACAGUGUAUUCUCUGUGUUUUAGUAGAUGUGGUUCAGUUCUGGCUUCAGGGGGUCUUGACAACACGGUGAAACUGUGGGACGUCACUAAAGUCAUCAAGGAAACAGAUAAGGACAUGGAUGCCAGCAUACCUAGUUCAUUGUCUGUAAAUGAAUCUCCCAAUCUCCUCAUAGGGUCGUUUGCAACAAAGGCCACCCCAGUGCUCAACAUUCAUUUUACACGGAAAAACCUGCUGCUGGCAGCUGGACCCAUGAAAGUAUCAUGAAAUUUGGCAUACACAUGUCCCUAUAAUGGUUUUAAAAGACUCAAGUGACAGUUGAAAGAUUGGUAUAGUGCCAAACUUGAUGUGUUAUAAUAACUUGAGAGAGACACAUGAUUGUGCUAUUAAAGAUUCUUGUUUUGUUGAAAGUUUAAGAUCAUGAACCUGUUCUUGAACAUAACAAACGCAACUCAGUGUAUAUUGUACCAGAAAUAGUUCAGUUUUAUUUUUUGUUAUGGAUUAUCAGUUUUACAAGAAUUGACAACCACUUGUGAUGCUCUUGUUGAGAAAAAGGGGGUGUGACUUACAGCAUGUUCGAACGUUACUAUAGACAUGCGUUCAUGAUCAUGUUACUAUUAUAACUAUUGUCAUGUUAUUUCUGUGUUUGAAAUAGAAUGCAUUUAAGAUGCCGAGUGGAAAGCAUUCAUUUGGACAGCUGUAACUUCUGAAGAUUAUGCUUUUGUACAUGUUGUAAAGUUUUAAAGAUUAUAUGUGGAUAUAAAUAGAUGAAAUUAUA